AUGCAUUGCUCCCGGGCGCAACAGCUGUGCGACGGGAGGCUCCCCCUGCCCCGCCACCCCGCGCGGCCACCCCCCCUCGCCGCCCCCUCGCCCCGCGCCGCCAGUGCGUGCCACACCCCUCCCCCCCACCGCCGCCACACCUCUAAUCCAUUAUUUACGAACGGCCGACCGGUUUCGGGCGCCCGCUCUCGGGCCGACGUCGACGCACCGCACCGGCGGCGCUGGAAUGGGAAAUUAAUUGCCGCUGCGCCGAAAGCUGCGGACCACCUCGGUGCUGCUACCGUGAUCCGAAUCCGACAUUGUGUCGCGCGCCCCGGACAGUCGGGCACACGAGAGCGGUGGUGUUGCAUUACGCGGUUCCCGGUAAGGUUAGCGACGGGCGAACGGUCGCGACUGUACCCACAUAACCACCUAACUCCAGGUGAACGCUCGGGCCAAGGACGGCCCGCGGGGGAGAGGGGGGGGGGGGCGGCCGCUGCGCCCAUCCCCCCCGCCCGCGCCCUCCACGCACCCUCCUCGCCGGCGCGGGCCUUCGGAGCGCAGCACAGCAAAAAAGGGGCCCCGACGGAAACAAAUAGAGAACGGCUCAAGUUCGGAAAAAGGAACGCGAGACAUCAACGGGUCUCGGGUAACAGAACUAGCACGCGCUCGCGAGUAAUCGUUUCGAGUGCGACCGCUCAGUACGCGGCGACGCAAUCAGGUGGUCGAUACGAGCUGGUAGCGGAAGAGCGCCUUGUCCCUAAGAACGGCAUGCCAAUAAACGAUGAUGCGCCU